UGUCAUCCUUCUUGGGCCUCUUUCGUGUAAAACCUUAUUACUGUACCAUUCAUUGGGGACUAUUCUACCAGACCGGCUUGACGCCGACUACCAAUAUAAUGAGCCCAUCUGGUAGCUCUAGUGCCAUUUCUGUAACGCCGAUUGCACAUCCUUUCGGACUUCACCCACGAGGUAGAGACGCAAUUACCUCCUUUCCGAACAAUGUAACCAAUAUAAAUUCUCCCAAUUACACAUGGGUAAAGGGGACCUCGAACUACACCUUGUACCAUAACGUAUCAGGCGAGCCUACACAAGCGCUUCUUUGGUUGAUUGGAAACAUUGACGGCACUCUUUGCAAGCCGCGACCAAAUAUGAGAAUUGGACCGUUGAUAUUCUGCUGCCCGCCGAGACGGACAAGGCCCUGGAUAACUUGCUCAACACUGGUCCAUGGAAAGAGUUUACGAAACCGAAUCGCUACUCCAUACUCAGCUUUGUUCAGACCAGAGUAAUUGUCUGUCUAGGGUGAUCAACCCAACGUCGAAACUCUUCCCCCAACCCUGCCGAGGAGCCAAGAGACAUCAUGCAAUCCAUUCCACUAUCCAAAUAGCAGGGUGUCAUUAAACGAUGUUUUGUAACUGAAAUCCGACGUAGGACAAACGGUGUAAGCCCGCCUGUAAGAAAUGCCACUUCGUCUCCGGGCAAUA